AUCAGUCAGUCGUUGGCGAACAGUGACGAACGACGCACGAGUAGUGUUGUGUUGUGAAGUGUCAAGAUCGACUGGAAGCGAAACCAGUAACAGUAGCAGCAUUAAGGACUCCGCCAAGAUCCAUGAUCACAUCUGCGAGAAACGUCGAUCUGCCAGGGCGCUCAACUUUAUUUGGCAGCAAGAGGCAUCGAGCGCUGAUCGAAAGAAUGCCAAUCCUGUCACAACUGUCGCGUCGAUUUCAAAAGAAAAAGAUAUUUGACGACAUGUUGACGACGGAUGCAAUACCGCAUCCGCCGGAGGAUGGAGUCGAGGGCUACACAUACAAUCGUCCAUCGACGCCGGAGGAAGAGUUGAAGAAAACGCAGUCGAAAUCGGCGCCCGUUACGCCGGAAAAGGAACACGACGAUGUAACGUCGAUGCAACAAAAAUCGGUACCGAACGACGCAAGACCUACGACGCCCAGCGAUUUCUGUGAGAAACCGGAAGACCUAGGCGACACAAGGCCGACGAGCGAGUCGAAAGAAUUCAGACGACCAAAAACAAAGACGAAAUCGAGACACAGUAAACACUCACAAGCCACAAACGUUGUUAAUUACAACAUAGUCAACUCCAGCGGAAUAAAGAUCGGCGCACGGACGAGCUAUAUAUGCAAUGUAAAUCAGUAUCCAGCGGGUAAUAACACGUUUACAACACAGCCCGAGGCGACUUCGAAGUCAAAGUAUCGACCUAUGUCGGAAAACGUGGAAGAGUUGAGCACAUGCGAGGAGGAACUCGCGUUCGACGAUAUGCUCAUCAUUAAGACGCACGUCGGACACGGAUGGCGUGACGUCGCGAGAAGACUUUCGUACUCGGACGGGCAAAUCGAGCAAUUUGAGGAGAAUUACAGGCACAAAGGCAUCGACGAGGUAAUUUAUCAGCUGCUACUCGAUUGGAAGCAAGUUAACACACGAGACGCACAGCUCGGCACGUUGGUCAGCAUAUUGUGGUCCUGUGGGGAAUACGACUGCGUCGAGCGAUUAGCCGCAGCUCGCAAAAGUUCAUCUUAGUCGGGUGUGGCGCGUCAAAAUCCUACCCGACGCUUGUACAUACGCAUUAUACAAACGAUUGUGAUUUUUUUGUACUCGAAGUAUCCGUUAUUUUUAUACAUAUCGUAUUUUACAAGCGUAGUUUAUAAACAUAAUGCGCGUGUAGGCACGAUUUCCAUUGUUCGAUAUCGUUCAUAUGAAAUGUGAAGGAUUGGCUGAAGGAACACUGGUGACUGGACUGUUACGCAUUCAGCCUUCAUUCGAUUUAGCAUUGUACAGAAUUACAAUGAAUAUGCGAUUCAGGCGAAUACAUGAUCUGGUUAAUAAUACACAUCCGAAUAUUAUCAACAAGUCUACCAGUCGCUUUAAGCGAUACACAUAUUUACACAUAGUUGUAAUGUAAUACUGUGCUUUUUUUACUUAUAAUUCAUAUUGUAAAAAUCAGCAGAGAUAAACAUGCGAUUCUUUAAAUGCCA